GUACGCCGCCGUCAGGUCCUCCAGCCCCCACACGGACUACGUGAAGGCGAUCGACAUCUGGUUCUUCGUGUGCAUCCUCCUCAAUGUGCUCGUCUUGCUUCAGUUUGGAACGGUGAUCACCAUCAGGCGAUGCCAGGAGAAGGCAAAGACCUCCGCAGUCGCACCUGCUCCCAAGGUGACGCCUGUGAUGUCUGGCACCGAUACGAUAUUGUCUGGCUUUGUGUUAGAGAAAUGGAUCAACCUCAGGAAACUAAAACAAAGAAGGGACAGCCACUGAAUGCUGACUCUGUCACAUUUAUUCCUGGUCUCUUCAGGCCUCCACCAAGGGGAUUCAUCGCCAUAGAUGCCAACGAUCCUUUCAUCACAGGCCCUGAGGUACUUCAACAAGAAUGCAGCCUCUUUCAAGGAGAAAAUGCAACCAGAAACCAAGAAACCGAAGAAAUUUUAAAAUUCUCUGAGAAAGACUGGAAGGAAAUUGCAGAGGUUCAGAUAGAGAGGGAGAGACAACUAAGGGAGAAGGAGCAAGCAGAAAUGGAAAAGGUGGCUGCCAAAAAAGCAGUGGACCAGAAGAUAAAGCAGAAUCUAGACCGUAAGGUGGAUUUGAUCUUCAACAAGCACAAGUUCUUUGUAAAGAAACAGUGUCCUGUCCUGAUUCCUUACAAGUCAUCACUGAAUCAUGCAGAGCAUCAAGCCUACCUGAGAGCUUUUGUUAAAUUCAAGAUCAGAGCACCAAAAACAGCUUGUGAAUCCACAGAAUAUGAGCAAUACAUGAGACUACAGAAUCGUGUGUAUGAGGAACAGAAGAUGUUCAUGGAUUUCUCCUUCCAAGUGUCAAGGUUGCAGUUAGAGUCAUACAAUUUCAUUCCAAAGCUGAUCAAUGAGUAUGUCAAUGAGUAUGUGCAGCAUCGCAGCAGACGUGCAACUAAAUACAUGCCCAUAUACUACCAAGAACUAGAAGUGCCCAUCAGACCCCAAGAUCCUUCGAACAGGUUAAGCAAUCUUCAUUUUCAACACUUGGGUCACUUACUCAGUCUGGGCUCUGUGCCGUGGCUUAAAUUGCCAAAUGUUCACAUAUUGAACAAAGUCAGUUUGGAUGAAUCUGUCUUGAAAACCCAACCCCCAGUUCCAAAGGAGAAAGAGGAUAAGAGGAACAUGCUUUCAGGGACAGUGAGUGAGGACCCCAAUGCAAUAUAUUUAGCACAGAAGCAUCGAGCAAAUAUAGUGAUUUGCACAAGUGCCUUGAAGACACUAGCAGACAAUCAUGGCCCAAACUUUGACAAUGAAUGGGACAUUCCUGUGAAAGUGCAGAGCUACAACAAUGAAGGUGAGAAUGGUGAGGAGAAAAGCCACCGUGUUGUUUUCAUAGACAAGCCAAUGCCAAAGAAGACGUGGACACCCCUGGACAAAAAACAGCUGUAUUAUAAGAAAGCAGCUCUAGCAUCACUGACGGAAAUCAAGCGGCUGAAUGUAUUCAGAAUGAGAUCACCACCAUUAUUUAAGCAUGAGAUGAUGGAUCAAAGUACCAUUGAAGUGAAGGAUCAGGUUGACUAUGAUGAUGACUUUCUGGACCUAACAUCAACAGCUAAUCAUGACAUCUUUGGAAUAGAUUCCAAUGUGAAUGAGUCAGAUUUUUUUUCUUCACCAAAGAGGAAAAAUGAUACAGAGAAAGUUAAAAGCAACAAAAAAUCAAGAAAGAAAGUAGCUGGCAAGAAACCAGAAGAUAAAGGCAAGAGUCCAAACAAAUCUGUUUCAGAUGAGCCCUUGGAUUCCACAAAGGAACAGAGUAUAACAUCUGAAGUCAGUGCUGACAGAGGAAGCACAGAGAGUGUGAAGCCAUUAACUUCACAGGCAUUUGACAGCAAUAGCUUUCUAGAGGACCUCAUUGACUUGCAGGAUUCUUUACUGAAGCCUCUGCAGACUCAGAACCCCCCAGUGAAGGAAAAAGAAGGAGAAAUUGACGCAGAUCCAGUUCAUCCCUGGCCUUGGUCAAACAGACUUCAGACAGACUGGUCCAGUCAUGCCGAGGCAAAAUCUUGUGAGUUGUGGACUGGAAAGAACAAACACUACCAACUCUUCUCCCUGGGACCCAGGAACCUCCAGCCAAAUGCCGCAUUUCAAGAUUUACGAAUUAUUGUCAUACACAACAUUCACGGCAUCUCAAGGUUCAAGUCCAAAGAGAUAAAGAGUAAAGCUUAUAUAGUUUAUCCAAAGAUAGAAAAUCAGCCAUAUUUUGGUUGUGAAGUAAGCACCUUGUCUGAGAUUACUCAACAAUGGAUUAACCUGUUGGUAGCCCCAAGCACUACUCUGUUACAAGUGCGCGUGUGCGAGAGCUCGGGCGAGGUGCUUCUGAGCGAGGAGAAGACGCUUUCGUCGGUGGUUCGCGAGGGCCAUCAGCCGCACAUCGGCUUCGCCCCGCAGCCGCACCUGCUCACGCUCUACUCCGUCUUCUGCGCCGUCACGGGGCUGUCCUCGGGCGUCUACCUGCUGCAUCACGACGCCAAGACGGAGGCCUUCAUCAAGCUCAUGAGGGCGGGCGACGCCGACAGAUUGGGUCAUCUGCAAGCGUUCAACUUGCACUCCAGUUAUGCUUUGGCCACACCGACCACACGGCCGUAUACAGUUCCGCCGUGGCUGGCAAUCGACACGCACCUCCUGACGCCGUUCCACUACAAGCACUACAAGAUCCCUGCUACUUUUCCGAUGGACAACCCUGAUAAAAAACUCACAUCAUCACAGAAGUCGCUGAAAAACAAAAAAGCGAAAAACAAGAAGAAACUUGCAGACCUAGAAAAAAUGGCAGAAGCUGAAGAAGAGGAUCAGAAUGAGAAAAGUUAAUAUUUGAAAUAUUUAAUUAGGAAAUAUUUGUAUUAAUGCUUCCCUUUGAUUGCCAGUUAUUCUUCACUGGAGAAAAAGUUUAUGUAAAAAGGCAUUAGCAUCUCCUCAUUUAGGUAUGUAUCAAACAGAAAACUUUGUAAGAGAAUAAUAUAUAUUUUUCUAUUAUACUAAAAAAAAUGCUUGACAAUAAAAAACAAAUUUUC